AUGGAAGAAAUAGAUUUCAGAGUCCAGAAAGAGCAAAGCUCGAACCAACGAUCAACCCUUUUGCAGGUCCCGGCGGAGGUUCUUGAAGAUAUAAUAGAAUAUAUACCAAAGGAAUCCCUUUCACCCCUCUCACAAACUUGCAAAAUCUUUUAUAAUCUCGUAACGCCCACCUUCUAUCCCCGAACGCUAAAGCUAUUCAUCUUGCGACCCGAGUAUGACUGGAGGAAUGGUCAUCAUCAUUUUACGUACCCCGCCAAACGCUGCGAACAGGGAUAUCUCGAUGAUCAAAAAUCAGAGAAAAUCCUAAAUGCGCCCGCCGGGUGGUUGAAACACGUCAAGGAGUUUAUCGUUGUGGAUUCAGCACACAGAUAUGAUGAUGUUUGUUGGAAGAGGAAGCAUAAGGGGCUUAAGAGGCCAGAUGAAGUUGUUUUGACGAUGAUUUUGAAGAGGUUAGGGAUGUUGGCGAAGGGCUUGAAAAGAGUGCUCAUCCCUCGUGAUAUUCCUUUGAGAAUGUUCGUCACGAUUCUCGAGUCGAUCCCAAAUCUCUGCGUACUGGAAGCCGUGAUCGAACCCCGCACUUUCUACCGCGAAUCUAGGGACCGUCUCCCUUACAAGUCUUUACUAACCACAGUCACUUCCCUAAACCUCGAACGACUGAAGUUCGGUUUCUCAGGCGAAAAAAUCGUAACCGGAAUGUUUCGAAUACUGGAACGGUGUUGCAGUACCCUACGGAGCUUGGAAAUCUCUGUUACGUUUUAUGACAAGGUAGAUUUCAAGGGUUUAGAAAAUAGUGGCGACGAAGGACCUGACUACAAGAAGCCGAAAUUGAAGUUUCCCGCCCUCGAGAAGUUAAAAAUUGACAUGAAUGGCGACGGUUCAUUCGCAGACUGGUUACUUCAUUUAUCAACAGACUUCCGAAAACUUUCAUCAUUAGCAAUCCACGCUGGUCAAGAUACCCAAGAGGUAGUAAAAUACCUAAUAUCAAACGGCGCGCCGAUCCACUCCCUUCAACUUACCGAUCGCGACUUCCCUGAAAAAGCCAACUCCGUAAAUCUAGAAGACGACGAAAGAGGAGUUAUCACGCUCCUAGAAACAAUAGGCCAUCUAGAUACAUUGCAACUAUGGUCAUUUGACGGCUGGGAUUUGAAAACGGUGUACGAUAUGCAUAGACAUACAUUGAAAAGGCUAUGGCUCAAUUGCCAUAUAUCUCACAAUCUUGAACAAGGACAGACGUGUGCUGUUGAGGAUAUCAUAUUUAGGGCUGAAAUUGAUAGGUAUACGUUUACGACUGAGAAUUGGCCGUUCUUGGAGGAACUUACGAUGCCAUGGCUUGGGAUUGAUAAGCUUCCACUUCACUCAGGUCUCCGCGUCCUCCGCCUUGAACACCUCCACACGAAAUCCACCCCUCGAGAGACCUAUAAAUCUCUUCUGGAACCAUACAUCACCAGCCUUCUCAAAUAUGCCGCACCAACAAAGCCAAAACUCGAAGUAAUAGUGAUCAUGCCAAACACAUAUAACAGGGGUUAUGAGGGCCAUGAUAUGACAUAUUUAUCUAUGGAUUAUAAUGAAAACGGAGAAGCCGUUAUUAAGACUAUGAAUUACAUGGUCGAUAUAUUGAAGAAGCACAAGUGGUCGUAUUUGUUUCAAGAGAAGACUUUGGCCCGGUUGUGGGAUGAUAGAGGGAUUUGGGAUUUACACAGCGGGAACUAUUAUGAGGGGUCCAGUUAA